AUGUCUGAAGAACAGGACUCGAUCGAAAUUGAAAAUCCUAGUAAAAGUGCCACUAUCCUCUGUGUUCAGUACCUUAUAUCACAGCACAUGAAAACUAAAGGUGUCAUUAAAAAAGACGAACUGAUGAAAACUGUCUUCAAGGGUCGCAAUCUUGGAAAAAACUAUGAAAGAGUUAUGGAAGAAGUGAAUAACACGUUAAAAAAUACUUUUGGAUUUUCAAUAUCAUAUAUUAAAGAUGAUCACAAACAGUUCUUCAUUGUGAAUAAUAUAGAUGAAAUUGAAACUAAAAAAUUUAGUUCUUCUGAAGAAUCAAAAUAUCAAGUUUUAUUGAAACCAAUACUCGGGGCUUUAGUUAUGCUUCGUGCACCAAUCAGUGAAGGUCAAAUGUGGAAUAUACUAGAGAAAUUUGCAUUGAAAUUAAAUUUAGACAUGGACUUAACUAAACAAAUUGUUAAAGGAAAAUUUGUAAAAGAUCAAUACCUUCAAUACAAGAUUACUGAUGAUACAACCAUAUCGCUUGAUCCAGAAAAAACAAGUUAUUGGUUUACUUUAGGACCUAGAGCAUUAGAAGAAUGUGAUCAACUAAUGUUAUUAAAUCGAGUUGGUGAGUUAUACCAAAAGCCUGCUGCUUCGUUCAAGCGUGUAUAUGCUGCGUUAAUUGAGAAAUAA